CGGCGCGGGGCGAAGGCGCGCCGGACGCCAGUGACCGCGAUGGUGAACUCGAGCCGCGUGCAGCCGCAGCAGCCCGGGGACCCGAAGCGGCCGCCCGCAUCCCGAGCUGCAGGCCCCGGCCGGCUGAUGGCGGGCGGCGCGGCCGUGGGCGCCGGCCUCGCGGCUCCGGGCGGCCUCCGCGAACAGAGGGGCCUGGAGAUCGAGAUGGAGCGUAUCCGGCAGGCGGCCGCGCGGGACCCCCCGGCCGGAGCCUCAGCCUCCCCCUCUCCUCCGCUCUCGUCGUGCUCACGGCAGGCGUGGAGCCGUGACAACCCGGGCUUCGAGGCCGAGGAGGAAGAGGAGGAAGAGGAGGUGGAAGGAGAGGAAGGAGGAAUGGUGGUGGAGAUGGACGUGGAGUGGCGCCCGGGCAGCCGGAGGUCGGCCGCCUCCUCCGCCGUGAGCUCCGUGGGCGCCCGGGGCCGGGGACUAGGGGGUUACCACGACCCUGGCCACCCGAGCGGGAGGCGCCAUAGGCGAGAGGACCAGGGCCCGCCGAGUCCCAGCCCGGCCGGCGGCGGGGACCCGCUGCAUCGUCACCUCCCCCUGGACGGGCAGCCGCCCCGAGUGGCCUGGGCCGAGAGGCUGGUUCGCGGGCUGCGAGGUCUCUGGGGAACAAGACUCAUGGAAGAAAGCAGCACUAACCGAGAGAAGUAUCUUAAAAGUGUUUUACGGGAGCUGACCACGUACCUCCUUUUUCUCAUCGUCUUGUGCAUCUUGACCUAUGGGAUGAUGAGCUCCAGUGCGUACUACUAUACCCGGAUAAUGUCACAGCUCUUCCUGGAUACCCCAGUGUCCAAAACAGAGAAAACAAACUUUAAAACGCUUUCUUCGAUGGAAGACUUCUGGAAGUUCACAGAAGGUGCCUUACUGGAUGGGCUUUACUGGAAGACUCAGCCCAGCAACAGAACGGAAGCUGACAACCGAAGCUUCAUCUACUACGAGAACCUCCUGCUAGGGGUGCCACGUAUCCGGCAACUCAAAGUCAGAAAUGGGUCCUGUUCGAUCCCCCAGGACUUGAGAGAUGAGAUUAAAGAGUGCUAUGAUGUCUACUCGGUCAGUAGUGAAGACAGGGCUCCUUUCGGUCCAAGAAAUGGAACUGCUUGGAUAUACACAAGUGAAAAAGACUUGAAUGGGAGUAGCCACUGGGGAAUGAUUGCAACCUAUAGCGGAGCUGGCUAUUAUCUGGAUUUGUCAAGAACAAGAGAGGAGACAGCGGCUCAGGUUGCCAGCCUCAAGAAAAACGGCUGGCUGGACCGAGGAACCAGGGCCACUUUUAUUGAUUUUUCGGUAUACAACGCCAACAUUAACCUGUUCUGUGUGAUCAGGUUAUUGGUUGAAUUCCCAGCAACAGGCGGUGUGAUUCCAUCUUGGCAAUUUCAGCCUGUAAAGCUGACCCGAUAUGUCACAACUUUUGAUUUCUUCCUGGCAGCCUGUGAGAUUAUCUUUUGUUUUUUGAUCCUUUACUAUGUGGUGGAAGAGAUCUUGGAAAUUCGCAUUCACAAGCUACACUAUUUCAGGAGUUUCUGGAAUUGUCUGGAUGUUGUGAUCGUUGUGCUGUCAAUGGUAGCUAUAGGAAUUAACAUACAUAGAGCAUCAAAUGUGGAGGUGCUGCUACAGUUUCUAGAAGAUCAAAAUACUUUCCCCAACUUUGAGCAUCCAGCAUACUGGCAAAUACAGUUCAACAAUAUAGCUGCUGUCAUCGUGUUUUUUGUCUGGAUUAAGCUCUUCAAAUUCAUCAACUUUAACAGGACCAUGAGUCAGCUCUCCACAACCAUGUCUCGGUGUGCCAAAGACCUCUUUGGCUUUGCAAUUAUGUUCUUCAUUAUUUUCUUAGCAUAUGCUCAGUUGGCCUACCUCGUCUUUGGCACUCAGGUUGAUGACUUCAGUACUUUCCAAGAGUGUAUUUUCACUCAAUUCCGUAUCAUUUUGGGUGAUAUCAACUUCGCAGAGAUUGAGGAAGCUAAUCGAGUUUUGGGACCAAUUUAUUUCACUACAUUUGUGUUCUUUAUGUUCUUCAUUCUUUUGAAUAUGUUUUUGGCUAUCAUCAAUGAUACUUACUCUGAAGUUAAAUCUGAUUUGGCCCAGCAGAAAGCUGAAAUGGAACUCUCAGAUCUUAUCAGAAAGGGCUGCCAUAAAGCCUUGGUCAAACUCAAACUGAAAAAAAAUACUGUGGAUGACAUUUCUGAGAGUCUGAGGCAAGGGGGAGGCAAGUUAAACUUUGAUGAACUCCGACAAGAUCUCAAAGGGAAGGGCCAUACCGAUGCAGAGAUCGAGGCAAUAUUCACAAAAUAUGACCAAGAUGGAGAUCAAGAACUGACCGAACAUGAACAUCAGCAGAUGAGAGACGACUUGGAAAGAGAGAGGGAGGACCUGGAUCUGGAUCACAGCUCUUUACCACGUCCCAUGAGCAGCCGAAGUUUCCCACGAAGCCUGGAUGACUCUGAGGAGGAUGAUGAUGAAGACAGUGGGCACAGCUCCAGAAGGAGGGGAAGCAUUUCCAGUGGGGUUUCUUAUGAAGAGUUUCAAGUCCUGGUGAGACGAGUGGACCGCAUGGAGCACUCCAUCGGCAGCAUCGUGUCCAAGAUAGACGCCGUGAUCGUGAAGCUGGAGAUCAUGGAGCGGGCCAAACUGAAGAGAAGGGAAGUGUUGGGAAGGCUGCUGGAUGGGGUAGCAGAGGAUGAAAGACUGGGUCGUGACAGUGAGGUCCACAGGGAGCAGAUGGAACGGCUGGUGCGGGAAGAGCUGGAACGCUGGGAAUCGGAUGAUGCGGCUUCCCAGAUAAGUCAUGGUUUAGGCACACCUCUGGGACCGAAUGGUCCACCUCGCCCCAGAAGCUCCCGCCCUUCUUCCUCCCAGUCUGCAGAAGGAUUAGAAGGUGCAGGUGCAAACGGGAGUUCCAGUAUCCACGUCUAGGACGUGUGUUAGCACGUGUUCCUAAUCGGUGAGAAAGGGGCUGUCUUGCGUUGGCGGAACAAGUACACUAUUUAUAUGCCCCGCCCACCAUGCGAUGCUGGUCUUUGUGACCAGCUGUUAAUGCUUUUGCACUUUAAUUUAUUUUAGAUAAACCUUGCCCAUGGAUCAAAGAAGAUUUUUUUUCUUCAUGUAAGAAAUCUAGGUGUAAAUAUUGAGUCUAGAAAAAAAGUCUUUGUAAAGUAUAUGGAGUGGUACGCCUACUUGCUCCCAUGGGUGAGUCUUCUCAGUUGACAAUGAAGUAGCCUUUAAAGCCAGGAGAGACCUGUUGGAACUCCUGUCGGAGUUUUAUUUCCAAUCACAGAAAUCAGUAUUGGCAUUUUUGCCCAGUGUGUGGAGGGAAAGUAGGGGCAUUCCUUCCCACUCAGGCUUAGCUCAUGGACGUAAUAUAUCACUUUCUUUUAAGAAAGGAGCCUUUUAUUUCAACUACCUUCCUGGGGUAAACUUUUCUAAAAGAUGAGCUGGAAAAGAACUCCAAAUGGAUAUGUAGUCAUUAUGCUAGAAUUUGUAUGAAUGGUUAAGAUAAAUGUUGAAUAAUGUGCUAUUUUUUUUUGUUACUGUAUCUGAUGUCUGUGGGAAUAACUGUUUGACUUAUUCACAAUAUUUUUGCUCUGAACUGCAUGAAGCCAAAAGUGAUUGAUUGUGGGUUAAUAUGUCAUCUCUAACCAUAACGUGGGAAAAUUGGAAGGAGCCCAAUCACUAAGUUUGACUUAGUCUAAUAAUUAGUUUUAUAUGAAGGUUUGUCCAUAUAUUCUCUUCCCAGGUGGCCCAGCUUAUUUGCAUGCUUUAAUGAUUUUAAUGUUUUUAUUUAAUGAUUUUAAUGUUGUAGCUAAUCUGGGAAGGCCAACUUACUAAAUAUUUUAAGUAUGUACAGAAGGUUUUAGCUCAGCAGAUAUGUUCAUUUUACACAAAAAUUUAAAGGAGUUUUGAAAUGCAUACAUAAAUAUUAUAGAACUAAAGUUUGAGUUUUAUGCUGUUUUGAGAAUAUAAAACUCAAAUGCUCUUUUUUUUAUGAGAGAGAGGAAGGGGCAGAGCAACA